UAACAUAAUUGAUUAUGGAUGUUCAGCUUUUUUUCUGGCAUAAGGAGUUUUUGUGGUCAUGUAUACGUGCGAGUGACUCGUAAACCAAAAGAAUAAUCAGUUUGUCGGUGACCGUUACUAGUAAACAUGAGUAAAUAGUUUGUUGCCAUGUGUAAAAAAGACCUUUUCAAGGGGGAAAUACCAUACACGUUCUCUGCCGUCACUGAGUGGGCAUCAGUUUGUGAUCAUUUCAGCAUUUAUCUCAUUCUAUAAGACGGCACUGUGUGUUCGGUCGCUUUAUACAGGGACGACAAUUUCCAUGUAAUUCAGUCUCUUGAUUUACCAGUCUGUGACGAUGUCUGAACUGGCGAACUCCACCUGCACCAACCUAUACUCCCACUAUCAAGUGGCACGUGUGCUAAUGCCACUGGCCUACUCGAUCAUCUGUCUAGUGGGACUGCUGGGAAACGGUCUGGCGCUGCACGUCAUUUACACCAAGAUGACCAAGCUAAACUCCAGCACGCUGUAUUCAGCCAACCUGGCCAUGUCAGACUUGCUCUUCUGCAUGGCGCUGCCGCUGAGGGCCGUCUACUACGCCCUGGGCUUCCACUGGCCCAUGGGAGAGGGACUAUGCAAGGUCGUAGCUCUGCUCUUCUACCUCAACUCCUAUGCAGGUGUUAAUUUUAUGACCUGCCUCGCUGUGGAUCGCUUCGUUUCUGUAGCACUACGGCCGAAGUGUGCGUGGCUCAGAAAAAUACGGAAUGUAAAGAUCAUUUGUUUGUUAAUGUGGGUGCUGGUGUUGGCACAGACGUUGCCGUUGCUGGCCAUGCCCCUGACUCAUGAGGAGCAUAAUGGCAAGAUUACUUGCAUGGAGUACCCUAAUUUCGAGCAAACUGUCCAAGGCUUACCUUAUAUGCUGAUCGGUGCUGUGGUUUUGGGCUAUGGGAUCCCACUGGGGACAAUCCUCCUGUGUUACUCAGCGCUCUCACACAGACUGCGGCUAGCUGCCCAGUCCAACCGCCUGACCGAACGAUCCGGAAGGACGCAUAAGGCACGGUCGGUGAUCGCCGGUGUGGUGCUGGUGUUUGUCGUGUGUUUCAGCCCGUACCAUAUAGACCUGCUCCAGUACAUGAUCCGGAAGCUUACGUACAAGCCGGACUGCGAAGAGCUGCACUCUUUCCAAAUCUCUCUGCACUUCACCGUGUGUCUCAUGAACUUCAACGCAUGCCUCGAUCCAUUUGUUUACUUCUUUGCCUGCAGCGGCUACAAGAAAAAAGUGCUGAACCUGCUGAAACGCCACGUCAGCCCGACGCUCUCCAGUGCACCACCAAGUUCACGUGACAGCUCAGGAACUCAUGAACAACAAACCCACUUAACCCACCACAACAGACACCUCACCCUAAAUGCCAUCGAGAAAAAUUCCUGAACCACCACACACCUCGUGGCAGGCUUCGGACUGGACGUAUUAUCUUGACAUGUGUCUGAAAUGACUGUGACCGAUUUGUACUGUGAUUUCUGAAGGCAGAACUCACAUGAAGGGUUUCCUCACACCAAAACAAGUUCUCAUACAUAGAUUUCACAACUUCAAGGAAAACUUUAACUGCUGUUUUAACCACUUGUCGAGUGUCUGUUAUCUUAGUUUACAACCUUGUGCCCCCACAGGGGGAACUUUCACCAAAAUAAAAAGAGACUUUCCUUUGAGAAAAGGGAUCUAGUAGAAACUCUGUUAGGAAGGCUGAGCCAUUCACAGAAACUGAGGGGAGCUGCAACAGUAGAUCUUUCCAUUAUAGUAUGCUAAGACUAGAGGAAAUGUCAAUGUACACAUAUCACAUGCAUUUAAUAUGUACACAGUAUGCAUAUGUAUAAUGUAUAAAUGUGUCCUAGCAGUAAACAUCAGUGAUUAAAUUCUAUAUUUAUUUUGAUCAAACAGAUGUCAACGGUAUGGGAUUUCUGACAGGAAUAUACUGUAUACUCUAUUUUAUGUACACAAACCACUAGAAAAGCUCAAAUACUAGAUCACUUUUUUUUUUUUACUUUUAAUACAGCAUUUUCGAGUCAUCUGCGAUCUUAUGGUGUCUCAUAUUAUCCAAACCCAAAUGACAUGAAAGUUCAUGAAGCAGUUAUUAGUGAUCCUAUCCAGCUUCUUAGAGGACAGCCAUGUGCAUCUGCAUCACCCCUGUGAGUGACUUUUUCGCCGUCCCAUAAGCCAUGAAUUAAUGUCAAACCACGCUACUUUAAAUAUAGUGCAACACUGUGCAAAAUACGUCUGUUUAGACACUUGCUUAAACACGAGAAAUUAGCCGGUUUUGAGAAAUGUAUUCAGCAUCUGUUACAUCAAGUCCCGACGAACCUUCUUAAGCAGGCGUAAGCAAAAAACAUAAGCAUGCUGUUAUCUCUCAUGAAGUCGAGAACUAGGACAUGUUUGCUUUUUUUUUAAAUACCUUUCUUUUUAUGACGGAUGUGGUAGCUUAGUGGUUAAAUUGUUAGACUUGUGAAAAAGGUUGUCAGUUUGAAUCCUGGGUCCAUCAAGCUGCCACUGCUGGGCCAUUGAGCAAGACCCUUAACCCUCAGUUGUACAAAAACGA